AACCCAGGAAGCUUGGGACUCAAGUGGCAGCUCAUAGAAGAGUUGCAUAAUUCACAUGAUGGCAAAAAAAUCUGAAUCUGUAUUCCUUGAAGAAUGGCUAUGCAGUAUCAGUGGCACCCAGGAGAACGUGACGCUGAAACAUCCUUCUUCGGCAUCAGCCCAAGCUAUCAUCCGAGCAUGGGCUGAUCUUAGGGACUCCCUUCAAAAUCAAGCAUUCCACUCAAAUCACCUCCAAUCCCUAAGGACCCUCGUUGAUGUUCAGUUCUCGCUCUAUAUUGCUGAUCCACAAGCAAAGAUUCUGUUGUCUAUUUUGUCCUCACAAAAAGUCUCCCUUCCACAGGAAUCUUAUCCUUUAUUUGUCAGGCUUCUAUACAUUUGGGUUCGGAAAUCAUUUAGACAUUCUCCUGGGGUCAUUGAUUCAGCAGUUGAGGUCCUCUUGCACCUUUUCUCUGGACAUAUUCAUUCAAACAAAAGCUUAUCUUUCUUCUCUGAAGGUGUUCUUCUCCUUGGUGCUCUUUCUUUUGUACCUUCAGCAUCCGAAAAAUCUAUAACGGUUUGCUUGAAAUUGCUCUGCCAGCUCCUUGAAGAAGACUAUAGAUUGAUCCAUUUGUCUGAAAGGACAAUCCCGAAUGUUCUUGCAGGAAUUGGCUAUGCUCUCUCUUCUUCUGCGAACAUUUAUUUUGUUAGAGUUCUCAGUUGUUUAAUGGAAUUGUGGGAUAAAAGCGACGUCCCUUCUGCUAGUUUGUCUUAUGGGCUCAUGAUACUGCAUCUGAUGGAGUGGAGUUUCUCAAAUUUUAUCAAUUCUCACUCCGCAGACAAGAUUGAUCUUUUCAGUAGAGAGGUAUUGAAAAAUACACGACCAGCAUUCUCUUUGUUUGCUGUAGUCAUGGCUGCUGCUGGAGUACUGAGAGUCAUCAAUAGAUCUGAACAGAAAACACUAAUUGACCUUAAGAUUUCUGCAGAGGAACGAAUCGAGACUAUUGCAUGUGGUUUAGUUUCUAGUGCUGGAGAUGCUGAUUAUGCUACAAUGGAGCCAAGAAACUCCUUUCUGUUACAGUGUAUAUCAUUAGCUUUAUCUAAAAGUGGACCAUUUUCUUACCAACCUCAUGUGUUUCUAUGCCUCACUACAGCUUUGUUGACUGAAAUAUUCCCCUUGCCACACAUUUAUAUCAAAAUCCAAGAAUCGCCUUCUGGCAACUUGGUGGGAUUAGUUCUCACUGAGGUGCAGCAACACCUAGACAGCAUUAUUUUUAAGGAAGCAGGGGCCAUAACUAGUGUCUUUUGCAAUCAGUAUGUCAUGGCUGAUGAAGAAAACCGAAGUGCAGUGGAGGAUAUCAUAUGGAAUUACUGUCGGGAUGUCUAUAUGUGGCAUCGGAAGGUUGCUUUGAUACUUGGAGGUAGGGAGGAAGCGCUGUUAGGGAAUCUGGAAAAAAUUGCUGAAUCUGCUUUCCUCAUGGUUGUGGUCUUUGCCUUGGCAGUAACAAAGCACAAGUUAAGUUUAAGUGCUCCCCAAGAAAUUCAAAUGAGACUUUCAGUGAGGAUAUUGGUUGCGUUUUCUUGUAUGGAAUAUUUCCGCAGAAUGCGUUUGCCAGAGUAUAUGGAUACAAUUAGAGCAGUUGUUACAAGGGUUCAGGAGAAUGAACAUGCCUGUGUCUCAUUCGUGGAAUCUAUUCCAUCUUAUGAUGAUUUGACAAACCAAGCUGUACCUUCUAGCUUUCAGAAAAUGGAAUAUAUGUGGACUACUGAUGAAGUGCAGACUGCUCGGGUCUUAUUUUAUAUGCGAGUAAUCCCAACUUGCGUAGAAUGUAUACCAGCCUCUGUAUUCCGCAAGGUGCUGGCUCCAACCAUGUUCCUAUACAUGGGGCAUCCAACUGGGAAAUUGGCUAAAGCCUCACACUCGGUGUUUGUCGCUUUCAUGUCCUCUGGUAAGGAUGCUGAUCCAGAUGAAAGAGAUACAUUAAAGGAGCAACUUGUAUUCUAUUAUGUCAAGAGAUCUUUAGAGGGAUACCCUGGGAUUACUCCUUUUGAGGGAAUGGCUUCUGGAGUUGUUGCACUGGUCAGACAUCUGCCUGCUGGAAGCCCAUCUAUAUUCUAUUGCAUCCACUGUCUCAUUGAGAAGGCUGAUAGCCUUUGUAGUUCAGUCGAUACUACUCCAGAAACUGACUUGUGGAAGAGUUGGGAUGGAGAGCUGGAGCCUUUCAAGAUGUUGGAUUUACUUUUUCGUCUCCUUUCUCUUGUUGAUAUACAGGUUCUGCCUAGUUUGAUGAAGUCACUGGCACAGUUGGUCGUUAAAUUACCAUCAAGUGGCCAAGAUAUUAUUCUCAAUGAGUUAUAUCAACAUGUUGCAGAAUCAGAUGAUGUUACACGGAAACCGACAUUGGUUUCGUGGUUGCAGUCACUGUCUUAUCUUAGUUAUCAAAAUACUAGCAAGAACGCACCAAAAGUGGCAGCAAAAGAACUACAUGAUUCUAUGUCAGGAACUACAGACUCAUUAAGCAUGAAUAAAAUCAGUGCACGUCUAUAGAAAAUUGAGGAGUGAGGAUCAUGAAUUGGCUUUCUGGUGUUAUAUCCCACAUAUGUCCGUGUCUAUGAUUUCUGGAUCCAUUCAAUUUUGAAGUUUCUUCGCAGAAUUCUCAGGAUCUGUUGCUAGUAAUCCAGGCCAAAAUUCAACAUCCAACGCCAAGGGGUGAGUUCUCACUAACAAGUGCUGCCUCCAAAAUUGGUUUGUGGAUAGCCAUAAACCUGUAUGGUGUAAUAUCUUUUGGCUUAGUGGCUGCAUCCUUUGAGAUUUACCAUUUGUUCAUGAAGACUUGGGUCUGCGUUGAGAUGGUAUCGACACAAACUUCAUCAGAUUCAGUUCAAUGAGGCAAGAGGAUGUAUGAUGCAGGGUGAAGUUGCAUUUUCUU